CUUAAUAUCUCUCUUAUCCAACAAUUGUGUGAACCUUCUGAGUCAAUGGAGUCAAUGUUCUAUGUCAUUACACAUACAAAGUCUAUUUGUUAGUCCUUACUUUCACAUAGCUCUAUUAUUAGAUCUCUGAUCUUAAAUCUUCUCUCUAUCGUAGUAAUGGCUUCUUCUUCUUCUUUAUCGCUUUCAUUUCCUUCUUCUUCUUUGUCUCAAACCUGGGAACACGAUGUCUUUCCGAGCUUCCACGGGAAGGAUGUACGCAAAGCCUUUCUCAGCCACAUUCUCAAGGAGUUUGGAAGAAAAGCAAUCAACUUUUUUGUUGAUAACGAGAUCAAGAGAGGAGAAUUCAUCGGUCCUGAACUCAAACGGGCGAUCAAAGGAUCUAAGAUUGCUCUUGUCUUGCUCUCCAAGAAUUACGCUUCUUCGUCAUGGUGUCUUGACGAAUUGGCGGAGAUAAUGAAGCAAGAGUCUGGUCAAACGGUGAUUACCAUUUUCUAUGAAGUAGAUCCAACGGAUGUGAAGAAGCAGAAGGGAGACUUUGGGAAGGUCUUCAAAAAAACAUGUAAAGGUAAAGACAAGGAGAAGAUUAAGACUUGGAGGAAAGCUUUGGAGGAUGUGGCCACAAUCGCAGGUUACCAUUCAAGCAACUGGGUUGAUGAAGCAGCCAUGAUUGAAAACAUCGCUGCUGAAAUUUCGAACAAGCUUAAUCAUUUGACACCAUUACGUGAUUUUGACUGUUUAAUUGGGAUGGAAGCUCAUAUGAAAAGGAUGGAACAGUAUUUACGUCUAGACUUGGAUGAAGUGAGGAUGAUUGGGAUUUGGGGUCCGCCUGGGAUUGGGAAGACCACAAUUGCCAGGUUUCUGUUUAACCAAGUUUCCAGCCGUUUCCAGAAUAGCGCACUCAUUGAGGAUAUCAAAGGAAGCUAUCCGAAACCUUGUUUUGAUGAGUACAACGCAAAGUUGCAACUACAAUAUAAAAUGUUGUCUCGGAUGAUCAACCAGAAAGAUAUCAUGAUCCCUCAUUUAGGAGUCGCACAAGAACGAUUGAGAAAUAGGAACGUGUUUCUCGUUCUUGAUGAUGUGGAUCGGUUAGCACAACUAGAAGCCUUGGCCAACAAUGUUCAGUGGUUUGGUCCUAGAAGUCGGAUUAUCAUCACAACAGAAGAUCGAAGUCUUUUGAACGCACAUGGGAUCAACCAUAUAUACAAGGUUGGUUUUCCAUCAAAUGAUGAGGCUCUUCAAAUGUUCUGCAUGUAUGCUUUUGGUCAAAAGUCCCCUAAAGACGGUUUUUAUGAACUUGCGCGUGAAAUUACAUACCUUGUCGGUGAACUUCCUUUAGGACUAAGGGUUAUUGGAUCCCACUUUCGUGGAUUGUCCAAGGAGCAGUGGUCAAUGGAAAUAUCAAGGUUAAGGACUAACCUUGAUGGAGAUAUUGAGAGCAUUUUGAAGUUCAGUUUUGAUGCUUUAUGUGAUGAAGAUAAAGAUUUAUUCCUUCAUAUAGCUUGCUUUUUCAACAACGAAAAUAUAAACAAAUUAGAAGAAUUUAUUGGCCAAAGAUUCAAGGAUUUGAGUCAAAGGCUUUACGUUUUAGUGGAGAAAUCUCUCAUAUCUAUUGAAAGAUUUCUUGAAUAUGUGAGUAUAAAAAUGCACAAUUUGCUGGCCCAACUAGGUAAAGAAAUCGUCCGUAAAGAAUCUCGUGAGCCUGGGCAACGCCGAUUUUUGUUUGAUAAUAAAGAUAUUUGUGAAGUAGUCUCUGGUUAUACAACUAAUACUGGAAGUGUUGUAGGCAUAGACUCCGAUUCUUGGUUAAAUAUAACUGAGAAAGCCUUUGAAGGAAUGCCUAAUCUCCAGUUCUUAAGAGUCGUCGUAUACAAUUUUGAUCAUCCAAACAUUAUAUCUUCUUCGGGACCUCUGACUUUUAUAUCUUCGAAGCUACGAUUAAUAGAGUGGUGGUAUUUUCCGAUGACAUCUUUGCGUUUUAUUAAUAAUCUGGAAUUCCUUGUCGAAUUAAAAAUGCGUUACAGCAAACUUGAGAAGCUGUGGGACGGAAUCAAACUGCUUAAGAAUCUCAAGCGUAUGGAUUUGUCAUAUUCCAGAAACCUGAAGGAGCUUCCUAAUCUUUCAAUGGCCACUAGUCUUGAGAAGUUAAAACUUAGUGGAUGUUCAAGUCUGGUGGAGCUCCCUUCUUCUAUUGGGAAUUCAACUAAUCUCUCCACAUUCAAACUUGAUGGAUUUAGUCUAGUGGAGCUCCCUUCUUAUGUUGGUAAUUUAACUAAUCUCCAGGAAUUAUCACUUAGUGGAUGCUCAAGGCUUGUAUCACUCCCACAGCUUCCAGAUUCCUUAUUGCGCCUAAAUGCAAACAAUUGUGAGUCCCUAGAGAAACUAGACUGCUCCUUUUGCAAUCCAUAUAUUUGGCUUCACUUCGCUAACUGCUUCAAACUAAAUCAAGAAGCAAGAGAUCUCCUCACCGAGACAUCAAAUGUUAAAUUGUAAAGAAGUGCCUGCGUGCUUCACUUACAGAGGUUAUGGGAAUUCCGUAACAGUGAAGUUGAAUCAAAAGCCUCUUCCUACAUCAACCAAAUUUA